CUUUGAGUAGAUGGAUUUUUUGUAUGUACAUAGGGCCAGGCGUCUACGGAAAUUUGUUUCGGGUUGCAUAUUGAUUGACUUGAUAUGGCCGGUGGCGAUGAUUGACGCGAGCAUUUCACAGCGACAUGAUAUCCAUUUGUUGAAUCGACUCGAGUUAUUUUUUGUUUUUUUCAGCUGCUGUUCAGCUCGCCUCUCGCUUUCAGCUCAGCUGAGGGAUCUUCACCCACCUUGACGACACACAGCACCGUAUUUAUCCACCGUGGCGGUGAUGCGCCCACUUGAGCCCCGCCAGAUCUGCUGCGAUCUCACCAAUCGCAACGGCACGCCUCGUGGAAGCCACGCUGCCCCUCCUCUAGGCGUAAAUAAAUACCUCCCACCCCUUCUCCUGCCCUGAACACUCCAUCUCCCACAUUUCUACAUUUCUACAUUUCUAUUACAUCUUCAUCCCAUCCUCCCCAAAAUGGCCUCCAACGACUACUACAACCAAGGCAACUCCUACGGCGGAGGCCACGGCCACUCCUACGGCGACGACGACUUCUCCUCCGCCGCCCACCACGCCCAGGCCCACCACGAGUCCUCCGAAGACAGCUCCCUCUUCUCCUCCGCCAUCUCGUUCAUCAAAGACCGCCAGAGCCAGGGCUCGCAUCAUGAGGAGAUCGACGAGAACGAAGUCUUGAGCUCGCACCAGUCGCUGUACAACAACGAGGACGACGGCCGCUCCCACGACUCCAAGUCGCUGGGUUCCGGCGCUGCUUUGCAGGCUCUGAAGAUGUUCACUGGCGGUGGUGGUAGCAGUGGUGGUAGCGGUGGUAUGGACAAGAAUGAGUUGAUUGGUUUGGCCAUGUCGCAGGCUGGCAAAUUGUGGGAGCAGAAGCAGAGCAGCGGUGGUAAUGUGAGCGGUGACAAGCAAUCCGCUAUCAACAAUGCCGCUGAGAUGGCCAUGAAGAUGUACAUGAAGAGCCAGGGUGGUGGUAUUGGCGGCACUGGUGGCCCUGGAGGUGGUGCUUCUGGCUUGUUGAGCUUGGCCAGCAAGUUCUUGUAAUCGGUUGAAUCCUUUAUUCGAUUCUUGGACAUACUUUCUUGUCUGUUUAUAGCUUGUUGAUAUGAGAAAUGGAUGCAACUUAUUCUAUGUAUUCAACCAUUCAAUCUACCUACACCAACUCAACAUAUAUGUAUGCACUGACAUCCGUCAAUGACACCGGGUAUGCAAGCGCCAAACAAAUGUACGGUCCGCUCCUGCUGGUAUCAAAAGUUCAGACCAUUUUUCAAACAGCAAAAAAAGAACAGAAUGAAGAAAAGAAUAAACACUCUAUGAUUAUAAAACGAAAAAAGAAUAGAAUAGAAAUCACCACUCGUCGUCGUCAUCGUGCUUCCCCUGCAUCGCCAUUUGGCGUGCCUUCAGUGCCUCUGCAAGUCCACCAGCUAGACUUGCGUUCGAUGAACUGUUUGGUGUGCCCCGUCCACUG